UCAGAACCUCACGAUCAAAACAAAAUAGGCGUUGAUGGGAUCCAGCAGUUCUGCGAUGACCUGGGUCUGAAUCCUGCCAGCAUGAGCGUCCUUCUGAUAGCCUGGAAGUUCAGGGCAGCAACGCAGUGCGAAUUCUCCAAACAGGAGUUCAUAGAUGGCAUGACGGAUCUGGGGUGCGACAGCAUCGAGAAGCUAAAAUGCCAGCUGCCGAAGAUGGAGCAAGAAUUAAAGGAUCACGGGAAAUUUAAAGGCUUUUACCAGUUUACGUUUGAUUUCGCAAAGAAUCCGGGUCAGAAGGGUUUGGAUCUGGAAAUGGCGAUCGCAUACUGGAAUUUAGUCCUGGCUGGGAGAUUCAAGUUCCUGGAUUUGUGGAACCAGUUUUUACUCGUAAGCUGACACUGACUUCUUUUUAUUUGGAUUUUGUGUUAGCC